GCGGAAGUUGCCGACAUUUACCCGGCAUGCACCAAUAAAAACACAAAAUGGGAAAAAAGAGAUGAUAAAAAGAAAAAAGUGAUAUCAUAUGGGACAUGGUUAACCUUCGAUUUUCUUGAGAGACUGACAACAUCACCUCAAUAUGGGAAGCUCCUCCUCUAAGUUUCGUAAGCAUCUGCAGAACGGUGAUGAAGUCGCAGCCCUGAAUGUUUACAGUAACCAUAGUGACUUGAGGAAGGGCCUGGACCCCAACUGUUCUUAUGGUGAUAACUACCAGCAUGAGACGCCACUACACCUGGCUGCCAGACAUGGGAUGAAGAGUCUACUUAGGAUUUUCUUGUAUGAGCACGGAGGCAACCCAAAUAAGACAAACGGUCGCAAGGAGACUGCGCUACACUGUGUGUGUAUGGAGAAGCACCCCCAGUAUUACCCCGUACAACGAAGGCGUCUCGAGUGCCUCACUAUGAUACUGCAGUGGAAAGGGGCGGAGCUGAAGGAUGGAGAGAUUGAGAAGGUGGAUUUAGCUGCGCUAGACGAGGAAAACAAUACGGCCCUCCACUAUGCUGCCCAGUCUGGUCUGAAGCAGUGUGUGGAGACAUUGGUGAACCACAGUAGCCCACUGUUCACGGAAAACCAGGAUAAUCACACACCUUGUGACAGUGCUGAGGGGGCCGGCUUUAACGACAUUGCCCUCUAUUUAGAGUCCAAGAUGGUCUUUUCUAAUGAUGACACUGGUGGAGAGAUAGAUGAAGCAGCCCCUGAGAUAGAUUCUGAAGAAUACAGCGGACUUAGGGCCCAAGAUCUUCAAGAAGCUAAGGAUCAGUUACUGGUAGAGACUGCCGACAUGCUCAGUAUACCACUGUUCACUGCCGAGGCGCUGCUCAGGAACCAUGAAUGGUCACGAGAAAUGCUGCUUGAUGCCUGGAUGUCCAACCCAGUGGCCUGUUGUGAGAAGAGCGGAGUUACUGCCCCUGCUAAUCUCUUCAGUGAAACUCCAAUAGUUGCUGAGUCAUUAAGCUCACCAACAAUUCCCCAGGCCCAUAGUUCACUGGCUGAGUGCGACAUCUGUACCCAGACAUUCCAGCAAAACCAGGAGCCUGUCCAUAUGAUCUGUCACCAGUUCUGUAAGCACUGCUGGGAAGGGUACUUGAAUGUAAAGAUAAAGGAAGGUGGUGUACAUGACAUAACCUGUCCAGGGUACGGCUGUAACAUCCUGGUCCCUGUGGAGUUUAUUGAGAAUGUUGUGUCUCGGGAUAUGGCCAGGAGAUACCUGCAGUUUGACAUUAAGGCAUUUGUGGACAGCAACCCCAACAUAAAGUGGUGUCCGUUUCCGGGUUGCGGACGGGCGGUGAGGUUUCCAGAGGUUGUAGAAGGAGCCCAGAGUGUGACCUCGCCCCGACACUCACAGAUACCUGCUGACAACUCACGGGCGGUCGACUGUGGGAGCGGUCACCACUUUUGUUGGGAGUGUUCGGGGGAAGCCCAUGAGCCGUGUAGCUGUGAUAACUUGCAGAAAUGGCAUGGAGAAAUCUCGGAGAUCAAACCAGAAAAAUUAAAUGGCACAGAGCAGGAGACAGAAACAGCUGCCAACUGUCUGUGGCUUGUCACCAACUCUAAAUCCUGCCCUAACUGUAAAUCUCCCAUACAGAAGAAUGAGGGAUGUAACCAUAUGAAAUGUUCCAAGUGUAAACACGACUUUUGCUGGGUGUGUUUAGACCAAUGGAAGCGUCACAACUCCUCUACUGGUGGAUACUUCAAGUGUAACAGAUACGAAGUCUCAAAGCAAGUGGAAGAAGUCACCAAAUUGUCCAUAACAGAUGCAGAAACGAAGAACACAAAGAUGCAGGAGCUGAACAAGUUUGUACACUACUACACAAGGUACAAGAACCAUGAGAACAGCUACAAGCUCGAGGAACCACUGCUGAAAACUGCCAAGGAAAAAAUGCUCAAACUGGCUGAGGCAGUCAAUGAUUUAGCAACAGCGAAAGACGAGACCAGGUUUGUGGAAGAGGCUGUUCACAAGCUGUUGAAAGCUAGAAGGGUCCUCAAGUACUCGUAUGUGUAUGGUUAUUACCUGGACGGACCACCCUACAGAAAGAUCGUGUUCGAAUUUAUGCAGACUGAGCUUGAGGAGUGUACAGAGAUCCUGUCACAGAUGGUAAACCGGUUAUACCUGCGUACACCACGCAAAAAGAUAAUCGAGCAAGCCCAGCUCUGUCAUAGGAAGAGACAGGAGUUCUUAACAGCCAUAUCUAAGGGCCUAGUACCCCCUGAGACCCCUCCAGGUCUGAGAAAGAAGCGGCGGAAAUAUAGCAUGGACACAGAAGAUGAGGACCUCAGAAAGGCUAUCUUGGCAUCCAUUGAGGACUUUGACCCAGAAAAUCCAUGGAUCGUGGAUGCAUCGGGUCGCCAUACAAAUAUAGCAGCAAUCUUGGACUGGCCCAGUGACGACUCUGACGAGGAUGAUGAUGGAACUCCUUCAAAACCCAGCAAAGCCCUCGCAAUAAGUGAUCCUAUGCCUGAGAUGUGUGUACGAGAAUGUUGCUCCCGUCCUCAAGCGAAGAAUCCUCGAACAGGAGAUUACCAUAAGUUCUGUAGCCUGCGUUGUUCCCGCAUCCAUAAACAGAGGAAAGACGAGGAGGCUGUACCAAAUAUGUCGGAAGUUCACUUGGAUGAGCGUAUGGACAUUCUACGAGCGCUCGAGAUGUCCCGUUUACAGUAUAUGAGGGAACAGGGUGUCCUCUCUGAUGAAAAAGGACAAGAAGAUAACCAGUCCACUGAGAUGGGAGCAGUUGGAAGGCAAGAACCAGUCUAUACACCAGCCGAGACCCUGGAUAUGGAAAUAAGACGUCUUCUGGAACUCUCUUCAUUACUGCCUGAACCUGAAGAGAAGUCGGUAGAUACUGAUGACCAGUCUAACCUGACAGAUGACGACAAACCAGUCCAGGUGAGCAGAUUUGGUGAGAACCAGUCUACUGUCGUUAGCCGGGUACCAAAUAAAAGCGUUGAGGAUCUGUACCAUGCAGACUGUUCCAGUUGCCAGGUCAAUGCUCAGGGCAAUGCUGGAUUGUCACCCUUAGCAACCACCAGGCAGCCUCAUUCUGAUGACUCAACUGGUCAUGUGACAGAUUCGACCAAUGAGACUGAUGUUUUGACCAUUGAUGAUGAUGACCUUGAAGCAUUAGGUGCUUGUGGAGGAAUUGAGGAGACUCUUGCUAAAGUACCUUUUGAAGAUGAAAAUCAGUUCAUGGAUGACUUCAGAGUUGAAGGUCGAAUACUUCAGAAGAUGCUGAAUAUGGACAAGAUUGAGAAAUCUAACAUUGAUGUUCCGCAAUCAGGCGGUAGCUUUGGAGCUAUUAAAGAUCUGUCCGUUUCGAACAUCCAUGUAGAUGAUGGUGACAAAAUGAAACAUUUUUCGGAGAAAGAUUUUAGUAAUCUGUCCAAACAGAGUAAGCCAAAAGUUGUUGAGCGAGGAAAUGGACGUCUUUUUUCCGCAAACACACCCGGUGAUGAUGAGAAAGUGUUUACCCUUUUGAGUCCAGAGUCAGACUUCUCAGAGUCCAGUUCCAGCGAGGUAUGGGGGUACAGACCACAGCUCGUCCAUGACCCGACACAAACGCGAACACCAGAGACUGACUCCAGCAUUGACGGUUGCUCAUACGCUGACUUACCAAAUCAAAACUACUACUACAAACAUGAGGACACUCUAAGUGAAGCUAGCCCUGUGAUUGUUGAAGAAACCAAACUUAUUAAUUUGACUAGUGACUCUGGCCAAGCCUCAGCCAAUCAAAUGCUUCUGAGUGAAAUGACGGAGAAUUUGCUAAAAAUGACUAUGGAUAUGCAGAAGGAAAUUGACACAAAUGUAACUAUUGAGACCUCUGCUCAAAUGUCAGAACCUGCUGACAGUGCUGUUGAUGCUGAUGAUGUCAUAUCUACAAAUAGAUCUGAGGUUGUGGUGCCACCUAGUGGCUCCAACGAGACUAUAAGAGAGACAACAGAAAAUUUUAUUGAAUUGGCAGAGUUACCUCCCAUAUCAGGAAAUAAUACAUCAGACUGUGACAUUAUUGACAUAGAAUCCAGUGAUGCCUUUGCUGAAGAAAACGGCAACCAGUCUGCAACCAUGACAACCAUUGCAUCAGAGAUUUCUGGCAACAUUUCAGGGGAGGUUACUCAUACCGAAGCUAGGAGCACUGAAAAAAGUCCCACAGAAUCAAGGUCAACAUUCGUCUGAAAACCAUUUAAGUGGUGACAUCACAAGCUUUAAAUGAAUACAGAUCCACUAUCAGCAUAAGGAAUCAUGAGGCUGUGUACUUUUACUAUUGAAAUCGAAUUAAUGUAACUUGCAUGUAAUGCCAAAAGUAUUUUGUUUUAUAAAAAUACAAAAGUUUAAGAAAUGACCUUCAUGUGUGUCAUUAGUAAAUGUUUUGACAUUGUAUAUUGUUCAGUGCAAUUAUUGAUUAAACUUAUUGUUUAUAUUAUGUACACAUUUUUUCUCUCUCCGUAUAUUCUAUUUAUUUCUGUUGUAAACAUUGUGUGCAGUUGGUCUUGUGAUAUUAUUGUUACAUCAUUGAGUUUGUUAAAGUUUGGUUGGGCAUUAGGUGUAUGUUAACUUAAGCAGGCCUUCAGGCAACAUAGUUAUUGGCUUUUUCAUUUCAGAUUGCACACCUUUUUAAUGAUAAGAAGGAUUGAGUCUUAGAUGUUACCAUUAUCAGGCUGUAACGGCCAUUAUUUUAUGAAUACUUGGGAUUCGAGUUGGUGAUAUGUUGGAGGUAUAAACUGAAAAUUAAGAAUUGCUUGGUACUCAGGAUUCCGGGAGAAAGGAGUAUUCUGCCUUCUGCCCUCAUGUGGACCAGCAUGGGCACCCUUCUGCCCCCAUGGAGACCAGCAUGGGCACCCUUCUGCCCUCAUGGAGACCAUCAUGGGCACCCUUCUGCACUCAUGAAGACCAGCAUGGGCACCCUUCUGCUUUCAUAGAGACCAGCAUGGGCACCCCUCUGCCUUCUGCCAUUAUGGAGACCAGCUUGGGCAUCCUUUUGCUUUCUGCCCUCAUGGAGACCAGCAUAGGCACCCUUCUCCCUUCUGCCCUCAUGGAGACCAGCAUGUGCACCCUUCUGCCCUCAUGGAGACCAGCAUGGGCACCCUUCUGCCUUCAUGGAGACCAGCAUGGGAACCCUUCUGCCAUAAUGGAGACCAGCAUGGGAACCCUUCUGCCAAAAUGGAGACCAGCAUGAAACCCCUUCUGCCUCCAUGAAGACCAGCCAUGUGCAUCCUUCUGCCAAUGUGGAGACCAGCAUGGGAACCCUUCUGCCAUAAUGGAGACCAGCUUGUGAACCCUGCUGCCUUCAUGGAGACCAGUAUGGGCACCCUUCUGUCCUCAUGGACACCAGCAUGGACACCCUUCUGCCCUAAUGGAGACUAGCAUGGGCACCCAUGGAGACCAGCAUGGGCGCUCCUGUCCCGUCAUGGAGACCAGCGUGGGCACACUUCUGCCUUCAUGGAGACCAGCAUGGGCACCCUUUUUCCUUCAUGGGGAUCAGCACGUGCAUCCUAAUGCCUUCAUGGAGACCAGCAUGGGCACCCUAAUAGCAUCAUAGAAACCAGCAUGGAGACCAGUAUGGGCACCCUUUGGCCUUUAUGGAGACAAGCAUGUGCACACUUCUGCCUUCAUAGAGACCAGCAUGGGCACCCCUCCUGUCUUCAUGGAGACCAGCAUGAGCACCCUUCUGGCUUCAUGGAGACCAGCACAGGCAUCCUUCUGCGUUCAUGGUGACCAGAAUGGGCACCCUUAUGCAUUCAUGGAGACCAGCAUGUGCUUUCAUAUAAUUAAUAAGGAGCUUCUUGCCUUCUAUCUUCACGGAGAUCAGCAUAGGUACCCUUGUAUUUUUAUGAAGAUCAGCAUGGGCACCCUUCUUCCUUCAUGGAGACCAGCAUGGGCACCCAUCUGCCAUUCAUGAAGACCAACAUGGGCACCAUUCUGCCUUCAUGGAGACCAGCAUGGGCACCCUUCUGCCUUCAUGGAGACCAGCAUGGGCACCCAUCUGCCUUCAUGGAGACCAACAUGGGCACCAUUCUGCCUUCAUGGAGACCAGCAUGUGCACCCUUCUGCCUUCAUGGAGACCAGCAUGGGCACCCUUCUGCCUUCAUGGAGACCAGCAUGGGCACCAUUCUGCCUUCAUGGAGACCAGCAUGGGCACCCAUCUGCCUUCAUGGAGACCAGCAUGGGCACCAUUCUGCCUUCGUGGAGACCAGCAUGGGCACCAUUCUGCCUUCAUUCAUAGAGAGAUGCGUACCGCUCUGCCUCAGAAAAAUCUGGAAACUAAAUCCCUUACGUCCAAUAUACUCCACACAAAAUGUACAAAUUGCAAAUGGCCAAAGGUACCAGGACAUGGUGAGCUAUACCUGGUUAUCGGCUGAUAUUACAGUAUGAAAUGUAGCUAUCAUUUAUUGACAUCUUAACAUUGUUUAUACCAAAGCAUUUUCAGAUCAUGAUGUGAAAUAAGUAUGAAAUGUGUUAUGAGCUGUAUCAGCUGUAUACAUGAUUCACAAAUCAAUUAUAUCAUGUAAAUGAAUUGGUUUUGUGAGAGAAAUGUGAUGUCCCAAAUUAUGUGCUUUGAAUUAAAAAAAAAUGUUAAAAGAUGUGAUGUCACAAUGUUGAAUUAUGCCCUGUUAUUUGAAUGACUUUGCAAAUGAAAUUUGAUGUCUCAAAUCAGUAAUGUUCUGUGAAUGCAUUGGUAAUCACAAAUCAAAUAUAUUAUGGGAGUGAAUUUGUUUUGUAAAGUAAUGUGAUGCCAUUAACCCAUAAUGUGCUGUGAAUGAGCUGGUUUUGUAAAAUAAAUGUUUCCAACGGUAAUUCAAACUGGCUAAACUUUUUAAACGGUGAUAGUCCUGUCAUUUUUUUUUUAUCUUGGAAACCUUAAGUUGUUUUGGCGCUGACAAUUAUGUACUAUGUACUCAUUAAUUUCAAACUUUAAUAAUGCUUGCUUUACUAACAGUCCUGCUUAUUUAGAGAACUUAAGUUAAUACUAGUAAUUAUUAAAGAACAUUUUGAGUAUCAGAGGGCUGUCGCAAAGAUAAUGGAUAGUUUGUGUCUGUGAGGCAAAUGGUAGUGUUUUUUUUAUAUUUCAGGUAUUUUGACAUUAAGUUUUUAGUUGUGUUUUUGUUAUUUAAAGACUUUUUCUUGUGUAAUUUUUGAAGUAUAAACAUAUAUCUUAAAACCAAAGUUAAGAAAUACUGCUAUAAGAAUGUAUUUGUUUCAACCAAGUUAUUUUGAUAUAAUUACACUAGUGUAUAGAAUACACAAGUAGAUCAUUAGUACAACUUGUUUCUUGGACUUAAAAAUACAGAUAAAUCUGUCUUGCAAACAGUAUGAUAGAUCUAUUAAUUUUUAGACGCCCCUCAAAUAUAGUUUAGAUGAUAACCUGGAGACAGUGAAUAUUUAGAUGUCAUUUUUAACACUCACAAACUGUUUAUUUCUGUAACAUCCCUGAACAUUGUUUAGAGAUUAUUUCUGUAACAUCCCUGAACAUUAUUUAGAGAUUAUUUCUGUAACAUCCCUAAACAUUGUUUAGAGAUUUCUGUAACAUCCAUAAACAUUGUUAAGAAAAGCUCUAUAUUUAACACACCUGAAUUUCUGGUUUUGAGACAGCCCUCUUUCAUAGUGAAUGAUUUUUAUUGUACACAUUAUGUUAAAUAUCAUGAGAUACAACGUGCAGUCGUUUUGACAUUUGUAAAAUUUUAUUCAAUCAAUUUUGUUAGAUAUUUGUAACUUUGUUUAUUGUUGUUUUGUAUUUGUUUGAAUAUAUAUUUAUUUCAUUAUUUUUAAAAACGAAGAUGUAUAUGUCUUUCUUAUUUAAAUUUAAGUCUUCUUGCAGUUAACAAAAAUAUCCAGAUAUAUCUAAUGCAGUUAAACGUCAUUCUGAAAGUAUUAACUAAAAAGUUGUGAGUUGUUGCUCGUAAGUUUAAAAGAUGUAAAAUGGAAAGAUCAGUGAAGCAGUUUAAAGCACUUUUUAGUCUUUGAAUUUAAACGUUAUAUUCAUACACGGAAUCUACUAACAACUUUAUAUCUGUUAAACUUAGUUUUCCUGUGCAGAAUGUAUAAGUGUGGAUUUCCAGUACUUUUUGAAGGAGCAUUCAAAUAUUUCAAAAAUGAGUUCCUUAGAAUUUUAAACAAUUCUUUUUGUAAAAAGCACAAUUAUAGUGUUGUCACUUGAACAGUGAGGAUGAACUAUUUUAAAAUUAAUACAUUGUACUGAAAUGAGUUUUAUGAAAAAUAUUUCUUCUAUAAGAUGAAUUGUAUAAAAUUAAUGUCAUUUAAUUAACGAAGCCCCCAUCGUCAUGAACCAUGUCCCAAUGCUAUGCCAAUUGCUGAUUCAAACACAUGAAACGGUAUUGAAGGUUGUGAUUUUCUGAAUGCUCCUUUAAACAUAAAGACAUCCCAGCGAUUUUUACCCCGGCUUGCAUUAUGAACUAUCGUACAUUAUAUUGAAGUUUUCAGUGCAGCGUCACCCGGCUUACAAAGCAUUAACAAGAGAAUAAAUAUAUCAU